CACCACCAGACAGGAAGAAAGGGAGAGAGGGAGGAGGCCAGAGCCUGCCCUGCUCACCACUUGGAGAGGAAAAUUGAGAGAGGAGGGGUGAGAGAAGAAAAAGGGGAGUAUCCCGUCUUCUGUGCCCUUCUGUGCUACUGCAGCCCCCCCUCCCCCCUCCUACUCUCUCUGAUUCUCUUUCUCUCUCUUUUCCCUUACUCAUCUGUUUCUGUGGCUGUACUGAGAGGAAGGGCACCUGCCGCUCCCUGAUGAUUCAGCCUUUCAGCUGCCUGGAGCUCACAGACAAGACAGCAUGUCCCUCCUGCCACUGCAGUGCCUGGCCGUCCUGUCCUCUCCACUACAGCUAUUGCAGCUGCAGCCGGCCCAUCACGUCGACACCGCCUCUUCUGCCCAAGUGCUCAGAAGGCUGUCUACAUACCUCCCAGACUGUUAACAAGGUUCGACUCACUUUGAAGAGCAUUUUUACCUCCGUCUGAAAUCCCAGCUCUGACUCUGCAGUCUCAUGAUGGAAAACAUACUCGAGGAGUCUGGUGGCAAACAGCCAUUGUGUGAUGCUCUGAGUUAAUAUUUGAGGUGUUCAGAGACCCUUCAUCCAGCAGUUGGACAGUAUGACUGAGGGAAUGGAGGACUUCUCUGCGGGGCCAGCUCCCCCUCCUGGAUCGGCCUCCCCCACCAGCUCUACUGUUGAUACUGGACGAGUCCCUAAGGAGAAACCUGAGGAGACAGAGGCAGCUGGUGAGAGUGGGGAGGAGGGCGCUGAGGGAACUGCAGAGGGAGGUGGUGAUGGUGAUGGGGAGCAUUUGGGGGCUUUGGGAAUUGUGGCCUUGCCAGGGACCUGCUGUGUGUGCAUAGAGAUGGAACAGAUUAACAAUUGCCUGCAUUCUGAGAAAAUCUGCAUUCUCCCUAUCCUGGCCUGUCUGCUUAGCUUAGCCCUUUGCACAGCUGGCCUUAAAUGGGUCUUUGUGGAUAAGAUCUUUGAGUACAAACCACCUACACACUUAGAUCCCAAACGCAUCGGACAGGACCCAAUUGUUAUAUCAGUUGACCCCACGCUGGGACUAACUGUGUCGAUUCCUCAUUCAUCUCCGUCUACUGUCUCCCUAACCACCGCCAUCACCAUUACCUCAGGACAUCCUGAGGUUUUAGUGGAAGAGAAAUCUACACGAGGGCCAUACAUGCCUCAUUCUCCACGAGUGACUCAGUCUGAUCCCUCUGUUACACUGAAAUACAACGCUGAACGUCCCACCAUCCCAAAGCAGACUCCCCAGCCGCAAUCAACGGAGGAAUUCAACAAUAUCAUCAUCCCAACAAUCUCUGCCACCAGCACCACCACCACAGCCAAGACCUCCAGUCAUGUGACGCGCUGCAGCGACAGCCAGAAGAACUACUGUGUUAAUGGAGGGGAGUGCUUCACCCUUGAAAUCAUGCCAGGCAGCACAAAGUUUCUCUGCAGGUGCUUGGCGGGAUUCACUGGGCACCGAUGUGAACAAGCUGUGCUUAAGAAAGUCUCAGACCCAAAACAAGCUGAGGAGCUGUAUCAGAAACGUAUUUUAACAAUAACAGGAAUCUGCAUUGCACUCCUAGUCGUUGGAAUCAUGUGUGUGGUUGCCUACUGCAAAACAAAGAAGCAGAGGAAGAAGCUCCAUGACCGUCUGAGGCAGAGCCUAAGGAAUAAGAGGAACAAUAAUACCAGUACUGGUAUUGGCCCCAAGCUGGCAAGCUCAGCCAGAGGACGUCAGAAUUCUAACUUGCCUCUUCAAGAUUUGCAGCUUAUCAAUCAAUGUAAUGGGAUGACUAUGCAGCAUGCAGCUGAGAAGGAGACAGAAACCACCUUCUCCACAAGCAAAUACGUAUUAUCUGCGCAUGAACCCACAACACUCACCCACAUCUCCAGCCAAAGGUUUGUAUCUGCAAUGACAACCCCGACUCAGCUGUCUCCGGUGUCCCGGGCCUCUCCUGCAACUCCAGGGUCUACUCCAUCAGAGAUGUCAGCCCCCCUGUCCAGCCUGGCCAUCUCUGUCCCCUCAGUGGCUCUAAGCCCCUCUGGUGAGGAGGAGCGCCCUCUGCUGUUGUCAAACACAUGUCAGCCACACAAGUCCUCGAGCCGAGAUGAACAGAAGAGGACCUCUGCCCACUACAACCAUGGUCAUUUGGCACAUAGCUUACCACCUAGCCCACUGUUUACUAUGGAGAAUGUUAACUACCAAGUCAUAGGUGACCAUGAUACCACAGCUGACAGCCAGAGGUUCUCAGAAUCCCUUGAGAUAAUUCUAACAAACAACAACAUCAGUGGAAGGAAAACCAAGAGUGCAGGAGUCGCCAAUGGUCAUGUGCUGCAUAAUCUGGAGUCCAGUGUUGAGAGCAUGCUAGUAAGUGAACCAGAGGAGCCUCGGGGGGAACACACACCCUUCCUUUCCAUAGAUAACGCUACAGCCCUGUUGCUCAAGGCUAUGGACAGCAGCAGGACUAACCCAGCAUCAUCAAAUGAUGACAUGCAAGUCAAGUCAUCCUGUUUCACCACAAAACAAGAUCCAGUUGCUGUUUAA